AGGCAAAAUUAUGCAUAAUGAAGGGAACCGGGCGGAGAGAAUGAGAGGAACACAGUGUACGGUAUUCAGCGCGUUUGAGAUUCAAGCGUUUAUGGCGAAGGUCAGCUUGAGUUGAGGAGAUGAGUUGAAGAAAUCAAACGUUCAUGGUCACUGGUCGUUGUUGUAGAGCUACAUCGUAAGAAAUCUUCACGCGUUUAUAGUCACAUUUUUUAAGACGUAUCGUAGACGUUGUGGUUGCCGGCAUAAGGAUCUCAUCAACAGAGAGAAGGGUUUAUGCAGAGUUGAGGAAUCUGUCGAUAAUGUGGUACAAGGUUUGCUGUUUCUUGUUCAAGAAGAAGGUAAUCGAAGCUAGAGGUUGUGAGGCCACAGGUAUAAUUGUCGUCUACGAAGUGACAAUUAUCCUCAAGGUUGUCAACCUUUCGAAUGUUUUGAGACGAGGGAUUGUGCCCUUGGAUUCAAAAUAUAAUACCCAGCUCUUGUUAGAAGCCAUCUAUUGAUGCAAUUGAUUUGUUGAGUCACUUGAUUGACUUUCAGUGUUCGAGAAUGCACUCUUUGUGUACUCGUUCUCUUCCUUCUUCUUUAAAAAACAUAGUAUGAUGUGGCAACUUACUUAGUCUCCGACUUCAGAUCGUAGUAGCUGUUGAAAGUUUUGAGGAUACGAUAUUGUUCUCAUUCAGAGAACUUGGAAGGUCGUAGAUGGCGGAGAUGGUCAAGCAGUGGAAGUCCAGCACACGCCAAUAUAGAUGUGAAUGAAAUUUCAUGACACGCGUAUUGUUCGCAGAUGUUAUCAGCAACUUUCAAAAUCAAGAUCCAUUCUUGUGGGCCGCAACUUGACAGUCGAGAGCGCUGAGAAUGUGCUGAAUAAUCAGUUUGUGUAUGAACUUUCUAUGAACAGUUGUAUAAUGUACUUUAUCCCAGAUACAGACAAGGUCAGUCCUUCGUAUCAGUUACAUUCAUCUCUAGCUUGGAGCUUGGUAAAGUGAUUCGCAACUAGGAUUGGGUUGGAAAGAAAACUUGAACAGUUUUGAAUCGGCAUGCUCAUGUACAAAUCUUAAGUGCCCCAGAAGUCUGAUACUAUCUUGUGAGCUUAAAUUCUGUUAAGCUCCCAAUUUAGAGCAUCGACCUGGAAUUUUUGAUACAGGAGAAGAGAAGGUGGGAUCAACGCGACUGGGCGGUAUAUCGUCCGUCAUUCCAGGUCGGUUACAGAUGAUGAGGACUUGUAUAAUCAAGCAGGCGCACUAUAUAGUGGCUGGUUCUCUUUAAACAAUUUGGGACGAGGGACUGAGCCCUCAUAUUGAGAAUAGAAUGCCCAGGCCUCGGCGUUUAGGGUCGUCCUCUUCAUUGAAUCGAUCUUUAUCAAGGUUAUCGUCAUCAACGUCUUUUUCUUCGCGGCAGUCAAAUUCAAGAAUCUACUUAUUUCUUAUCGCUGGAGGUUUACUCUUGUUUUCCAGCGUUGCUUUCUUGCAAAUUUAUCUGCUGAGGGCUCCACAAGGCUCCAAACUCAGUCCUCUCGAGAAUGGAAAAUCAGAUGAGAGCAUUGGAGCUGAGCAGGCUUGGUGGAAGGAGGACACCAGCGUAAGAAAUAGCGUUAAUUUGGAUGUGAGGACUAAUAAAGUAAGAGCGGGUGACAAGGACAAGGUCGGAAGAAAAAUGGGCAUUGGAGAAGGUGAAGAAGGAGAAAAUAGCGAUGAGGACAUGGAGGUUGAAGAAGAAAUGGGAGACGAAGGGGAUGAAGACGAAGAUGUUGAUCAAGACCGGUUCGAUAUUGAUCUAGAUGACAGAGUGCUCGAAGACGAGACUGAAGACCUCGACGACACGCAUCUGGAAGUUCUUGCAGAAAUGUCGAAUGAAGACUCUGCUGAACGUGACACAGAUGAGAUAGAUACUCGAAGAAAAUCUGGACAUACUGCUGUAGAUAAUCCAGUUUCGUCUGCGGCAAUUAAUCGGGGAAUUGAAAGAGUGGCUUCUGUUAAGUCACCUGAUGGUACUCUUGUAAAUAUGGAGAAAGGUAUUAGUGUUUUUAAGGACAAGGAUGAAGGGAACCGGGGAGGGCACGAUUCUAAACGGGACGACAAGACGGCUAAGGCAAGUGCCAUUCCGGAUUGGGUCCUUGAUAGCAAUUUAGAUAACCGGCAAAGAGGAAGGGUCGAUAUUUUCGAGGAAGGUUCUCAUAGAGAUCCAGUGAAGGAUCUGGAGAAGAAGAAGAGGUCAUUCCUUUGGGAUCACACUGUAGGUGUCAGAAAGAAGCCUUCUGUGGGCACAGAAGGAACAAAGGACUUGACAGGCAUAUUCAAACCUGGUGAAAAUGUGACCAGCAAGCAUCCUGUUGCUGCAGGGGAUGAUGGUGCAGCGAAAGUGGCUGUGCUGCAACUGAUGGGGUUCAAGGAGGUUGUUCAGAACUGGAAAGAGAGGUUUAACAGCGAUGAUGAGUUGAUAGAUGACAACGUUCAGCAACGCCUUGAAGGUGUGCGUGAGAUUGAGGAUGCCUUGUUGCUGAAUGGGGAUGGAACACCAGACCACAAACCAAUUCCCUCAAAGAAGUUUGGUGUAAUCCUGAAGAAGGGGAGAGGUGCAUUCGACCCUAUGAAUCCUGCUAACAAUCCCAUGCUACAAGAUCCUGACACGACUCCGGGAACUUGGAUGACGAAGAGUGACAAACAGAUGUUGCGAGCUAUGAGAGGGUAUCACCUACGUAGUCGCGGGCAGCAACCGAAGGUUCUCUUGAGAGGUAGCGUCUCUGAAAUUGUCACUACGGCAGUUUCUGAAGUGGACACACAAGCUUUAGCAGUCAAUGUUUUGAGUGGGUCAAAGGAGGAGAAGGGAGGCAACAGCGAGGCUGUGCCAGCUGAAAUGAGAGAUUUACGUGAUUCUGGAAAGAUAAAUAGCGCGGGUGAGGACGUUGGUGAAGGGCGGAAUAGAAUAGCCGAGUCGUCUCAUUCGAAUGCUACCGUUUCUGUGUUCGAUACUCCAGCCAUUGAAUCGAAGUCUUUGGAAACGAGUUCCCAAAGCAAAGGAGAUGAUAAGCAAUGGGUAUCUCAUGCAGGAAUAAAAUCCUCUCAAUCUUCGAGUAUGAUUGAAACUUUCUUGGGGCAAGAGAGCUGCUCAUUGAAUGUCUUUAUGGCUUGGACUACCUCUGCGUGGGGCUUCACCGCUAGACACGAACGGGUGUUGGAGAGCCUUUUUCGGUUUCACCGGAAUGCUUGUGUGGUCAUUUUCUCUGAAUCGUUUGAGUUAGACCAUUUCAAGAGCUUCAUCAAAGAAGGGUACAAGGUGAUUGUAGUGCGACCAAAUCUGCACGAGCUUCUGGCAGACACCCCAUCUGAUGCUUUCGCUGCUAUCUUGCCAAAAUGGAGGGAAAAACCUUUGUUUUACUUGCAUUACACUGAGCUUUUAAGAUUGGCUGCCCUCUACAAAUUUGGAGGAGUAUACCUAGAUAUGGAUGUGAUUGUCUUGAGAGCCUUAGACAGUCUACACAAUACUGUGGGUACAGAGCUUACUAGCAAUGGAGAGCUGCGACUUAAUGGUGCUAUUCUGGUCUUUGAUAAAUCCAGUCUAUAUUUGAAGAAGUGCAUGGAGGAGUUCACAAACACAUAUAAUGAGACAUUGAUUCAGUGGAAUGGAGCAGAUCUUUUGACACGAGUUGCUAAUUCUACUGUUCUUGAAAACGGUAGCACGUGGAGACAGUUCCCUGAUCUUUUGAACGUUCAGGGGCCAUUUUCUUUCUUCCCUCUGGAUUCAAGUCGAAUCUCAAAAUUCUUUGCAGCACCAGAAGAUUCCAUUCAAAAACAACGGCAAAUGAAGCUGCUGACCAGGAUUUAUGAAGAGGCAUAUACUGUCCAUCUUUGGAACAGUUUGACAUCGAACCUGGUUCCAGAGAUAAACAGUCUUGUAGAAAUCAUUUUGAGUCGAUCUUGUCUGCGAUGCAAGGAUGCUGUAUGAUAUCCUGUCUUGGAUAGUUUUUAACCCGGCAGACUUUUUAAAAUGAUGUGUGUAAUAUACGCACUAAUAGCACUCUCGCAUCUUUUCUCCAUUCCAAUUGAACCUAGCCGUGAGGGCGUUGUCUAAGAUUUUAAUUGGACUGCUGAAUCGUGUGGACCUGUGGUUGAGUGGAAGGAAAAUUAUAUAGCUGAGUUCUUAUGUAUGAUCUUAAGGUAGGUGCUCUGGAGCAGUUUUGAUGCUAGUACUAUCAUAUGUCAUAGAUUUUCCAGCUAAACUGGAAACAAACGUGGGAUAGCCUCCCUUUGAUCCGUUUUCAACAUACAGGAUUAUAAAAUUGAGAAUUUAAUUUUUACAAGA